UACUGGACUUCCGCCUUUCUCCCCGCCUCUUCCGUUUCCUCCUCCUGUGGUCCAUACCUAACGGAAGCGUUUCCGCGGUUCUGCGUCCAUGGCGUCCCAGGGGUCCGUGACGGCGGCCUUGCGGGUGGCCGAGGUGCUGGAAGACAUCGCGAACCGCUGCGUGGGGCCCGAGGGCGGCCAGGUGUUGUGUACGAAGGCCACCGGCGAGGUGCUGCUUAGCAGGGAUGGAGGCUGCCUCCUGGAGGCGCUGCACUUAGAGCAUCCCUUAGCCAGGAUGAUAGUGGCGUGUGUUUCCAGUCACCUUAAAAAAUCAGGAGAUGGUGCUAAAACGUUUAUUAUUUUUCUUUGCCAUUUACUCAGAGGACUUCAUGCAAUCGGAGAAAAAGAAAAAGAUUCAUUCUCUUCUGAAAGUAUUCAGAGCCAUGAAAGGCAUUGGAAAAACUGUGGUCAGUGGAAAUCUAUUUCCCAGGCUCUGCUAACAUUUCAGACACAAACACUAGGUUGUAUUGUAGACCAAAACUUAAGCAGGCACUACCUGUCUGUCUUUUCUUCAUCUGCUGAAGGAAGAACACUGUGUAGGCGCUCUCUGGAGUUGCUCCUGGAAGCAUACUUUUGUGGAAGAGUGGGAAGAAACAAUCACAGAUUCAUUUCACAGUUGAUGUGUGACUACGUUUUCAAGUGUAUGGCUUGUGAAAGUGGGGUUGAGGUAUUUGAGUUGUUGGACAACUGUUUUGUAGAGUUGAGUGUUGGCGUGACAGGCCUGCCUGUUUCAGACUCUAGAAUUAUGGAUGGCCUUGUGCUUCCCAGAGACUUUUCUGUGUACUGCCCAGCAGAUGGUGACAUUAGGAUGGUGAUAGUAACAGAAAUCCUCCAGCCUCUGUUUUCAUCGUCUGGCUCGGAGUUUGUUCUCAGUUCAGAAACCCAGUUUCAGGCAUCUCAGCGCUGGAUCAUGGACAGGACAAAAACAGUCAUGAACUACUUGCGUAGUCAGAAUGUCAAACUGCUCCUGUCCAGCGUAAAGCAACCCGACCUUGUUACUUACAGUGCAAGACUAAAUAGCAUAUCAGUUGUAGAGUGCUUAUCAUCUGAAGAGAUUUCCCUGGUCCAGAGGAUCACUGGUGUUUCUCCUUGUGUCCUACCAGAAGUCGCUUCACAGUGUGAAAUUUCUGACAGUACUUUGGUGAAGUUUUGUAAACCCCUCAUCCUUAGAUCCAAGAGGUAUGCUCAUCUUGGCUUGAUCAGCACAUGCUCAUUUAUACCUCACUGCGUGGUCCUUUGUGGACCGGUUCUGGGCCUUGUUCAACAGCAUGAGAGAGCUUUUCAUGGAGCCUUUAAGAUGCUUCGGCAGCUGUUUACAGACCUUGAUCUAAAUUACAUCAUACAAACCAAAGAGCAGUGUGACUCAAGUCUUCUUGCUUAUGACACUAGCGGAGAGAGUAAUCACUCGCCAGAAACUGAUAAGCAUCAGGACAUAGUAGCAAAGAACAGAAAUAAAUUGGAAAUUCAAACACAUCUAGAGGUAUAUUCAAGUUUGGGGGCUUCAGAUAUAAACUUGAUAAGAGGUGAGCUGAGGUCAGCACACAGGGAAACAGCAAUAGAGCCAUGCCAAACAGAUGAAGUACUGAAGUGCUUGUCUCCAGAAGACAGCAGGAUGUUAACUGAGAGUGAUUCCACUGGAAACCCUACAGCAAAAGACACUAGAGCAGAAAUUUCUUUCAAACAUUUACUGGUCACAGAUAAUCCUGGAAAGGGGUCCACGUCACCAGUGAUACCCAAGUCACUCCACACCUGCACUUCCCAGGGUCAUUGGUCGUCAGCUGUGCCAGCAGGCAGUGUUCUGCCAGUGGGUGGGACUUUUGAGAUUUUGAUGCAUUACUACCUUCUCAGAUAUGCCCGACAAUGCCAGCAGUCAGAUGAAACUGUCAUCAGCACGUUAAUAGCUAAUGCUCUUUUAGGCAUCCCUAAAAUCCUUUGUAAGCCCAAGAAGGGAAAGGACAGUUUCCCCCACAUACACAUUCGGCCUCUCCACGCACCUCAAGCCAGUCAAUCAAUGGUAAGUGGUCAGUCAGGCUUCGAGUCAGUAGCUGGUAAGUACCAAUUAUUAACUUCAGUUCUUCAGUGUUUGAUGAAAAUAUUAACCAUUGAUUUAAUAAUCAACGUCAAGAGACAGCCUCAGAAAACUGGUGACCAAGAAUCAGAUGAUGAACUCUAACACCCAGUUUUUUUGUUGUUUUAAGAUUUAUUUAUUAUAAAUAAGUACACUAUAGCUGUCCUCAGAUACCCCAGAAGAGGGCACCAGAUCUCAUUAUGGAUGGUUGUGAGCCACCAUGUGGUUGCUGGGAUUUGAACUCAGGACCUUCGGAAGAACAGUCAGUGCUCUUAACUGCUGAGCCAUCAGUUUUUUUGUUGCUCAAACUUUCAGUCUGGGGCCAGGGUGAUGGCUCGGUGGGCAACAGCAUUUAAUGCCAAACCUGACUACCUGUGGUCCACACCCAAGGUGGAAGGAAUGGAUCAAGUCCUGAGUCGUGUCCUCUGUUCUAUACACACGUUCGCAAACAAAUACUAAAUGUUAGGAAAAAACUGGGUUCAGCUCAAGCUAAAUAUUAAAACAGGCUCUGGCUAACUGAAGUCAGUCCAGUCUUUAAGAACAUCAGUCCACCAGGCCAUGCAGACACAGAUCAUCAGCUCUGUGGAAGAAAACCUGACUAAAUAUGUCUCCUUCCUGUCUCAGGUCUGCACUAGUCUGUGUCUAAGGGAGCUUGUCUCUAUAUUUCCCUUUUCUGUAUCUUUUUCCACUUCAUUUCCUUGAACUUUAUGUCACAGAGUCAUGUAAUCUCCCGCUGUAUCUUUUUCCACUUCAUUUCCUUGAACUUUAUGUCACAGAGUCAUGUAAUCUCCCGACUUGAACAAGGUCUUCACAUGCCAUCUUACAUUGUUUGUGAACAUGAAUAUAAAAUGUAUUUUAUUUAAAACAUUUUCUGUAGGCCAAAUAUGUAAAGCAGUAAAUAAAAGUCAAAUUAUCUUUGUAAAAAGCAUAUAAAUUAUUUUUCUUUUGGGGUGUCAUUUGGUUCGUUUCUGUUUCUAUUGGGAAAAUUUGGUUGGAGGCUGGGGAGAUGGUUCAGCAGGUAAACCAUUUGCCACCCAAUUCAGGCAACCUGAAUUCCAAGGAGAGAAACAACUCCACAAAGCCGUUCUCUGGGCUCCACACCUACACUGUGGCACUAGGCUCCUACGUGCACACAGUAAAUAAAUCCAAAAUCUGCAACUUUGAAUACCUGUUCAAAAAUAGGAGUAUUCAUUGUGAACUCUCCUUUGAUAAUUAGAAGCUUAUUCCAGAAAAGAUAAGGAAUUUGUUCUUUUCAUUUUCUCCUGGUUCCUAAGUCUUAUAAGGAUUCCCUGCAUUUGCUAGUUUUUCUUUAUUUCACUGAUUGGCCAGAUUUCAGUAGCAACAAAUAAUUUGACAUUUAUUUCUAGUGUAGAUCACAAGUGUUUCCCUGUCACUUUAUUGUGUAUGUAGUCAUCUGGACAGUAUCUUCUCCUUUUAGUAGUUGUAAAUCCCAAAAUAAUGUUUUGUUUGCACCAGUGUUUAAAUGUGCUUGUUAAGUAACAGUGUUAUCUGAACCCAUUCCCUUAAAUACAUGCAUCUAGUCUAUUCAUUCAAUAAAUAAAUUCUUAACUGUGCAAAUCCUAGGCUAGACAGUGAGUCUGCUAUGCUUUCUACAAAGUUAAUGGGUAAGUAAAUGACAUUGGCUUCUGACUGGAUUUAGGAAAAUUACAACAGAAUAUCUUUAUGUUUGCAAGCCUCCUGACCAGUGAUGUGUUUGUGAACUGGAGUGGCCUGGGGUAGCUCUGGGAAAGGAGUCUGUUGCACAGGCUUGAGAAACCCAGGCUGCAUCUCUAGUUCCUAUGUAGAAGGUAGGCUUAGCUGCUCGCCUGUCAUCCUGCAGCUGGGCGUGGCCAUCGGGUGCAGACAGGCAGAUCCCUGGAGCUUGCAAGCCUGCCAGCCAGUCUGGCUAAUUGAUUGCUCCAGAUUUCAGUGAGACACCCUCUCAAAAUAACUGAAAAGCAAUAGAGGAAAUACAUCCAAAAUCAGCUCCCUCCUCCCAUAUGUGCAUUUGCACUUGAACACACACACACACACACACACACACACACACCUACAUUCAAACCUGCUUGUAGCAUGCCCCACACAAACCCACAGUAUCUUCAUGCUGUCCCAGAUUUUUAGAUUACAUACAGCACCAUCUUAAAAGUUUAUGCCAUAUGAUGCAUUAUUUCAAUUAUGUAGAAAUGGGGAAAAUGAUCUCAAUUCAUAGAUGAAGGAACCUUCAUUAAAUCACUGUACAAUUUUCUGUUCAUUUUUAAUUGGCUGUCAAGUCAGUUUUGCUUCAUUUUCUCUGUUGUUGCUUUGAAUGCUUUUCAGUCUUGAAGUAAUCAGACUUCAGUAAAGUUUGUCUUUGAUAGGUUGGCACCUUCUGCUCCAGCUGGCAUAGGCGACUUUACAGUAAGUGUGCACAUUUGGUGAAUGAAUUAGUCACAUGGUGCUCGUAGAGAACCUCAUGAGGUCAUAAUUUUCUUAAAAAUUUCCACAGUCAAAAAAAAUCUCGGGAGGACAGACAGUUCGAAAAGGCCAGUCAUGUGUAAUGGCGUGUGCUUACGUAUACCCCAGGCAUUGGAUGGGUGGAAGCUAAAGGGUCAGGAGUUCAAGGCCAGUGUGGGUGACAGGAGACCAACUGAAAAAGAAAUCCGGCACGUGGAGGGAGGGAGAAAGGAAAAUGGAAAGAGGUAGAACUGCACUCCAUAAAAGAAU